AUGGCAAACAGCGACGUGCACCUUGAGGACUCACAAGUCCAACAACGUGAUGAAAUUCAGACUCUACAACGUAUGCAGAGAGACCAAGACGCACUUCUCCGCCAUCAACAACAGCUGGAAGAUCACAAUCGUGAACUUCAAAACACCAACAACUAUCUGCGGGGCGAGGUUGCGGAUCUUCGUGCUCAGCUCUCCUACGCCACCCAAACUUUGACCGCGCGAAUCCAGGAACAGGUCGACGGAGCGCGAGCUACAGGCGUUUCCGAGGGCAGGCUUAGGGACGUUGUAGAUGAGCAACGCCAAGCCUUACAGAAUUUCGUGCGAGAAAAUAAGGCCGCCACCAGACGAAUCCAGGAACUUCAGCAAGGCCAGAGAGGAGAUCCCGCUACACCGGCCAACGGACUCAGGAAGACAAAAGGACAACGACGACACGAUCGAGCAGCAGAACAACGACAGACGCAACAGCGACAGACUCAGAAUGCACCUCGUCUCCCCUCAGUGGCGCCUACUGUUACAGGUGGUACAGCGAAAUACGAGCAAGGUGACUCUAUCAUAGUCCUGGACGACGACGAAGAGGACAAGGUGCCCGGGUUACCACUUGUUGAAGACUGUAACCUCGAUGACGAUGUGAUUGAGCAACUCAAUGCGAUCAUGAAGAAACGAACGGGCAAAAAGAACCUCCUUGCAUUUCUGGAGCACGGCGCAAGAAACAAGUCUUUCUGCGGCCAUGAGAUUACCAGCAAAGGACAGAAUGCCUCGAAACCUCUGUUAUCGUCGCAGCCUUGUCGGAUUCAUGGCUGCAAUUACACUUUCCGGGCAAAGGCUGUAGAGACUGAUUCAGGGGUCAAAAUGCGAAUCACCCCUUUCAUACCUUGA